AUGGCCAUCCCAAACCUCCCAUCUCUUGACCUUUCCCCCCUCCAAUAUACCGCCCUCUUCCUCACCCUCUUAACCCUCUACUACACCCUCACCUCCCUCUUAACAUGGCACCGCCUCCGCCACAUCCCAGCCUACUCCCCGCUCUCCACCUUCUCCUACCUCCCCCUCUUCCUCAUCGCCCGCUCCGCCCGCCAAGAAGAAAUCUACCGCACCCUCAACACGCAACAUGCGGGCUCCCGCCUCGUCCGCGUCGGCCCCAAUGAGCUCCUCACAGACGACCCCUCCGUCCUCCGCCGCAUCAACGCCGUCCGCAGCGACUACGGCAAGGACUCGUGGUACUUCUCCAGCCGGUUCAACCCUUACCAGGAGACCAUAUUCACCACGCUCGAUAAGGGGGAACACGACCGGAUGAAGGCCAAGACGGCGGCGGCGUAUGCGGGGCGGGAGGUGGAUUUGUUGGAGCCGAGUGUUGAUGUGCAGGUCUUGGGCUUGGUUAGGCUUCUGAGGGAGAGGUAUGCUUAUGGUGCGGAUCGUAGAAAGUUGGUGGACAUGGGAGUCUUGCCGGCGUAUCUGACCAUGGACGUAAUCACCACCGCCGCGUUUGGGAAGCCGUUUGGACACUUGGAGGCUGAUGCGGAUGUAUUUGGGUUUAUCAAGCAGAUGAGAGACAAUUGGCCACUGAUUGCGAUCACGUUGGAUACACCGUGGAUCCGGACGAUUCGGUUUUCAAAGUUGUUUCUGCGGUGGCUUGGGCCAAGGACGACGGAUGCGAUUGGGCUUGGGCAGAUGAUGGGGAUCGCCGAGAAGUACGUCGGGGAAAGGUUCAAGUCCACCUCCAAGCCUCAGAAGGACAUGUUGGGAUCCUGGAUCAAGAACGGCAUGACGCAGCAAGAGUGCGAAGCCGAAGGCCUCUUCGCCCUUGUUGCUGGCUCCGACACCACCGCCUCCGUGAUCCGCAUCACCAUGCUGCAUCUCAUGUGCAACCCCAGGAUCUACCGAAAAUUCAAGGCCGUCAUCCGAGACGCUGUCGCGUCUGGCGUCUCGACGCCAAUCACCUUUGACCAAGCCAGCAAGAUCCCAUUCUUACGCGCACUAAUCUACGAAGGCAUCCGCAUCCGCGCCCCAGCAACAGGCCUCUACCCCAAAACCGUCCCGCCACAAGGCGACACCAUCGACGGCAAGUUCAUCCCCGGCGGCACCGCCAUCGGCAUGAACGCCCCCGGCCUCCUCAAAUCCCCCUUGCUCUUCGGCCCCGACGCGGAGCUCUUCCGGCCGGAGCGGUUUCUCGAGGUCGACGACGACGCGGCCAGGCUCGGCAUGGAGCGCGACGUGGAGAUGGCGUUCGGGUACGGGCGGUACAUGUGUGCGGGUAAGCCGGUGGCGUUUAUGGAGCUGUAUAAGGCUUUCUUUGAGCUGAUGCGCAACUUUGAUUUUGAGCUUGCGGACCCGGUGAGGCCGUGGGAUUCGUAUAGUUACAACAUCUUUGUGGAGGAGAACAUGUGGACCAAGGUGACGAUCUCGGAUAUCCAGUAAGAAAUCACCGCUGCGUCAGUCGUUUGACAGAUGAGAGUCGCGCUCCUUUCUUAGACACUCGGUUUGGUAAUGAUGUUUCCUUUCUCUUAAAAGGUAACACAUUGAGAGGCAAUAAUUCGAUGUAGUUAGUAAGCCUCAUGAUGUUGGCUACAAGAAUCGAGGCUCUGGAAAUGAAAGAAUCAUCUGCGUUUGUUCCUUCGGGGCUUCAUAACGAGAUGUUCCGGUGUAAAGUACCCAACCGAUAGAAAUGGUGCCUGAAUCUUACUUCCAAUGGACGGUCUCGCUUGUGCCAUCAAACCGCAGGAGGAUUGUUAAAUCUUGAGUGUAUGUAUACGUGUGUAUUGCUGGUCUCAGCAAGAUGAUGGAAGAUUUGGGUGAUCCAACAAAAUAACAACACAGGCUCGCGUGACUGGUAGAGGAUUGGCUCCUUCCGAUCUUUACGUCCUUAACUCCUUCCUUCCUUGAUCUACCUCACCUCA